GACGCCUCUCCAAAGUCAGGCGACGUCUUGGAACUCCGAAACCAGCAACAGAAGGCCGCAAACUCUGCUUGGUUGACGUCAGGACCCCCCCGAUCAACGACCCGUCGUCCUUCUUUGUAGCCCUGCACCAGCUUUCUGAUACGCCUCGUGGUUGUCAUAUAACAUAAGACAUUGACUCAAGAAACUUCCCACGUUGCGCCGUGCGUCAUUUCCAGCCAGAGAAGCGAUGAGCAGAUUAAGAAGUUCGAGUAAUUCGAUGGGGUCAAGACUCGAGGAGAUCAAUCGCGUGCUGGAUUAUCAUACUGCCGCCAACGAAAUGGGAAACGAUUUUCAAGACGAUAAAUACAAUGACUCAGGAUUCGACGCUGAAAAUGAAGAAUUAGAUGGUAAUGAUCAAGUCGAGGUGUACCAAAGUGGUGGAGAAGAUGGGAACGCGGCGGCUCUGGCGAACAUCAGCUCGGGAUCUGGGGAAAAACAUCAGGUGGACGGCGAUCCCAUCGAGACCUACUCCACUGGGGACGAAUCCGAUGCAGAAGGAUCCUUAUCCGAAAGGGAGUGGUCUGAUACUUACGAUGAUGAAGAUGCCGAACUUGGUCGUGCAACGGAGAAGAACGAAGAGUUUGAACGCGAGCUCCAAGAGUAUCAUGAUGCGUAUCAUAAGCCAGGAAGACGUGCGUAUCAGCAAGACGUCGAACUGAUACGGGCUGACAUAGAAGUAUACCAAACGACCAUUGCUCGGGUCAAGGCAGAGUGCGAAACGGCGAAAUAUGAAGCCGCCCUUCUACAAACACAAUCCCAAGAGCAAGAGAUGCGACACGAGGAGGCGCUGCGGCGCAUAGAGGAUCUUGUGUUGGAAAAUGAGAAGCUACGAAUGGAGAAGGAUGUGCAGACGGAAAACCUGUUGAAAGACCUCACUCAAGCGGAAGAGAGGGAGGCCUUCUUCAUGGAACGGCGGAAAGGGGAUAUGCGAGCUUUAGAGGAGAAGCAUCGUGCCAUGCAGACCGCCGCGCUGGCGAAGAAAGAAAAAGAGAUCUUGAGCCUUGAAGAGGAGAACCAAAAGCUUCGUCAAGAUCUGAGCGAGGAGACGGCCAAGUAUCGCGCGGAGAAAGAAGCCGUAGAGGCAACUUCACGUAAGGACAUCUUGGCAAUGAAGCGCCUAGUGGAGACCCUAUCAGAACAGCGGGCAGCGCAAGAAGCCGCUCUAGCAAACAAAGAGAAGGAGCUUCGGUCAAUGGGAGAGGAGCUCCGAAAGCUCCAUUCGCAUGUCAACAACCUUCGCGAAAACAUGGGGAGCGAAGAUAAUCUCGGGCAGCGCUUGGCAAAUGAGAUGACAGAGAAAGCGAAUCUGGAGAAGAGGCUCCGCGACGGGGCUUUAGCGUGGAAGCAGUCACUAGGCGAUCUCUCCCAGAAACGGGCGGCUCAAGCAGCAGUAAUAGCAGAGAAAGAUGAAGUCAUUGAAGGCUUGGAAGCGGAGAUAAAAGAGCUUCGUCAAACUCUGAGCAAUGUCCGCGAAGCUCCGAAGGAAGAGGGCACUGGGCCACGGGCGACCAGCGGUAACGAGGGAACGGGUGAACGGGCGACGAGCGGCGAAGAGGGCACUGGGGCACGGGCGACGAGCGAGGAGGUGGCCAUCUUGGAAAAGAAAUAUCGCGCCGAGGCUUUGGCCUGGAAACGGAAGUUGAACGCAGUCGCGGAGCAGCGAAAGGCGGAAGCGGCAGCACUGGCGAUUAAAGAGGAGCGGCUCCGGGCCGCGAAAGCGAAUCUGGAAAGGUUACGAGGACAGAGUAUAGAGAAUCAGACCGAGGUGUCGACGCAGACGAGCGGAGGAACAGGGGUAGUGAGACAGUCCGAUGAAUGGACGCAGACAGAGGCCAUGCAUAUCGUCAUCCCACUUCGUCGAAUUCCAGCGCGGCCAACGACCUGCAAACGCGUGGGAUGGAAUUUUGCCCUUAUGUCUUUCCUCGGCGCGGGUGUUGUACUGCUUUCCGAGUUGGCAUAUACCCACCACUACACAAUUGUGCCGUCGUGACAAUCAGCUGGCAUUGGGUUACCCAUGGAGUUCCAUGCAAUGCGGGAGCGAUGUCGAUCGUGCCUUGUGAAGCGUCGUCACGUGCUUCCAAACUCGCAACAAUCGUACGAAGCGCGCCGCUGAGCUCACAAGGCCGUACUUAGUACGUCAGCGAGGACUGUCCGAACAGUAAGGCGGUGCAACAGCUCAACCGGUGCCUCUUUACACUCGCAAUCCCUUCGCUUGCGCCCCGUGGUGAAAUGGAUCAGAGCGCACGUAAUAGCGAGCCGUCACGAAUCACGAGUAGAAGAGUGCACUUCGGAUGGCGGUC